GGAGGGAGGGAGGCAGGCGCUCAGACUUGUCAUCUCCAUACAGUCAGAGUGAACUGCGGGGGCAGACGGAGCCUGAAAGAGCUUCAGUCCUCGAGAGCGGACUUAUCCUCAAACACGGAUUUCUCAUCGACCCACGAAUCCCCGCGUUUUGUUUCAUAUCGUCGCCCGACUCUCGCUGUUUCUCCCGAAACUCGACGAACCGGACGGAACUUUUUCUCGCCUGUCUCUUGCGCGCGCGCGUGUGAGAGUGUGAGUGAGUGAGUGUGAGUGUGUGUGUGUGUGUGUGUGGAGUUUAGAAGCUCGUCCUUCUUCAGAUAUGGACAGUGAACGAGCCGCUGCAGGGAGCGACUGACUCUGUGGGAGUAAAGAAAGGAGAGAGGGGAGAAAACAAGGGAGCGAGGAGCCCAGAGAGGAGCCCAAAGUCUGCGCGCGCGUGUGUGUCUGUGUGUGACUUUUCAACUGGAUGUUUGAUGAAGCGCUUCGACGCGUCGGAGAAUUCUGGGACACCGUGGAUUUUCCAGACUCGCGGACACAGCAGCGACUCUCGUGAUCCCCCGUCGACGACGCGAAGUCUUCACGCUCGUAAAGUUGCAGGAAAAACAUGGAGACAGUAAGUCGGCAGAGCUUCCAGCCUCAUCCGGGACUGCAACAAACUCUCAAGCAGUUUCACCUCAGCUCUAUGAGCUCUCUGGGCGGACCGGCGGCGUUCUCUGCCCGGUGGCAACAUGAGCUCCUCUUCAAGAAGGACGGCAAAGAGCCCGAGCCGGUUCUGCAGCAUCUGCCGCCGCCGGUGAUGCCCGGUCCGCUCUUCAUCCCGUCGGACCGCUCCACGGAGAGGUGCGAGACGGUGCUGGAGAGCGAGACCAUCUCGUGCUUCGUGGUCGGCGGCGAGAAGCGGCUGUGUCUGCCGCAGAUCCUCAACACGGUGCUGCGGGACUUCAGCCUGCAGCAGAUCAACUCCGUGUGCGACGAGCUGCACAUCUACUGCUCCCGGUGCACGGCGGACCAGCUGGAGAUCCUCAAAGUCAUGGGGAUCCUGCCCUUCUCCGCGCCGUCCUGCGGCCUCAUCACCAAGACGGACGCGGAGCGGCUCUGCAACGCCCUGAUCUACGGAGGCGCGUACCCGCCGCGCUGCAAGAAGGAGCUGAGCGGCGGCGGCGGCUCGCUGGAGCUGGAGCUCACCGAGAGGAGCUUCAAGGUUUACCACGAGUGCUUCGGCAAGUGCAAGGGCUUGUUCGUGCCGGAGCUCUACGCGAGCCCCAGCGCGGCGUGCAUCCAGUGCAUGGACUGCAGACUCAUGUACCCGACGCACAAGUUCGUGGUGCACAGCCACAAGGCGCAGGAGAACAGGACUUGCCACUGGGGCUUCGACUCGGCAAACUGGAGGGCGUACAUCCUCCUGAGCCCGGAUUACACGGGGAAAGAGGAGAAGGCGCGCCUGGAGCAGAUCCUGGACGAGAUCAAGGAGAAAUUUGACUUCGCCAACAAGUACAAGAGGAAAGCAUCAUCCAGGCCGUCAGACCCCGCCCCCAUGAAAAAGUCCAAACACGAAGACUUCCCGUUGCAAUCCUCGCUGGCCGACAAAGAGAAGCAGCACGACUGGCUGCAGUCCCUGUCUGCCUCCGCCAAGGGUGUAAACUGCAUUCAGCCCAGACAGAGGCCUUCAGCCUUCAGGCCCUGGUCUCCCCACAUCUCUGCGGGCGAGAAGGAGCCCUCCACUCACCCUCUGGCGCUGCUGAGAGACAGCUUUUACAACUACAAGAGUCUGGAAAACGGCGUGGCCCCCAAUGUGGCCCUCACACCGCUGCCUCUGGGGAAGGUGGGUCCCAUGUCCCCGUCAGCACCCAGCACCUCCCACCCCAAUGGAGGCGAAGCGCCAGGUGAAGGCGCCAACUCGAGGCCCCGCAAGAGAAGAGCCACGGGGGAGCACCAUCCACAGGCAACAGAGGCCACGUGUCCUCCGCCUUUCGCUGCCAGCAAGCCCCCGCCUCCGCCGCCCCCGCCUCCACCGCCCCCGCCGCCGCCUCAGGAGGACAAAGACUCUGAGGUGGAGAUCGAAGUGGAGAGUCGUGACGAGUUUACUUCAUCCAUGUCCUCGCUGUCGUCGCCGUCUUUCACCUCGUCCAGCAGCUCAGCCAAGGACUUGAGCUCGCCGUGCGCCCAGGGGCCAAUCUGCACUGCCACGUCGACCGAGCCACGCCUCCCAUCGCCACCCGCCGCCGCCGCCGCACCCGCCGCCGCACAGAUCGCGGCCGCGGUGACUCCUCCAGAGCUGGGGCUGGAGACGGAGCUGGAGAGCCUGAGGCAGGCGCUGGACAGCGGCCUGGACUCCAAAGAGUCCAAGGAGAAGUUCCUGCACGAGAUUGUGAAGAUGAGGGUGAAACAGGAGGAGAAGCUGGGCUCGGCUCUGCAGGCCAAACGCAGUCUCCAGCAGGAGUUGGAGUUUUUGCGAGUGGCCAAGAAGGAGAAGCUGCGAGAGGCGACCGAGGCCAAGCGAAACCUGAGGAAGGAGAUCGAGCGCCUCCGCGCCGAGAGCGAGAAGAAGAUGAAGGAAGCCAACGAGUCGCGGAUCCGCCUGAAGCGGGAGCUGGAGCAGGCUCGGCAGCUGAGGGUCUGCGACAAAGGCUGCGAGGCCGGACGGCUCCGCGCCAAAUACUCGGCACAGAUCGAGGACCUCCAGAUGAAGCUGCAGCACGCCGAGGCCGACCGCGAGCAGCUCCGAGCGGACCUGAUGCAGGAGCGGGAGGCCAGGGAGCACCUGGAGCGGGUGGUGAAGGAGCUACAGCAGCAGCUCUGGCCCAAAUCCAACAGUGACAAAGACGGUACAACCAUGGACAUGGCGGCGGACAAGUAACUCACCCUCCCACCACCUUUCACCUCCCCCCCGUCCGUCCAUCCGUCCGUCCGUCCGUCACCCUCUUCUCAAACUUCACCUGCACAAAUCAGACCAUAACCUCACCCAGGAGUUCUGGGCCGGGACACAAAGACUCUUCCUCAGAGAGAAGAAAUGGAGGAGCCUCCUCCUCCUCCUCCUUCACAAACAGUCACAAACUGGAAACAACAAAAGUCUAAAUUCUGCAAACAUGGAAGCAUGUGUUUCAAAAUCAAUCACUGACUCGCACCUUCCACACUGACACACACACACACACACACACGCACACAAGGCUUAGAGCACAACACGUGUCUGUGCCUGUCGAUCGUCUGACAAACUAAACAACAAAAGACUUUUGGAGACGUUGAUGCAGAAAGACGAUCAUUUUCUAUCAAGAGUGAGGCUUGUUUGUGGUGUGCGGCCAGCAGGGCGGCGCUCACGCAGUCGGAGGAGGAUUUUGAAGACAAUUAUAAGCUAUUUAAGAGACUACAUAGCGAUGUGUAAAGACAAAACAAAAAGAAGAAGACACAGUUACAUUGUUUCUCUGUGUGAUGGAAAAAAUGUAAAAGAUUCAAAUACAUUAGAAGAGAGAAAAACAACAAAACACACACACACACACACACACACACACACACACACACGGAGAUGAACUUUCCACAGCGACACCACCGUGGUUUUGUCGGUUCUUCAGGAAGCAAUCAGUGCCCACUCGGGGGGGGAGGGGGGGGCGACCCAUGUUACCCUCCUGCUGUUGUUUCAUAAAAGAAAGAAAGAAAUGAUGGAGUUCUAUGAGCAGGCAGGGAGGGGGGCGUGGCUUGCACUGGUGGUUAAACCCGUGGUUUGGACCCUGGAAAGAAAAACAUGUCACGUUGAAGGCACCUUUCUGAGCGAGCACUUGUUUUGGACUAAUAUCCGGCACACACACACACACACACACACGCACGCACGCACGCACGCACACACACACACACACACACACACACACACACACACACGCACACACACGCACGCACACACACACACACACACACACACACACACACACACACACACACACUGAUGUCCACGGCCUCACCGAAGCCUUAACCAUAACCAGUUAAUCCCUAACCCUAAUCUUAACCUAACCACAGUUCCUCAGAAGUGAGGUUUCUGCCUCAUUAGGACCAGGUUUUUGGUCUCCAUGAGGACGACUGGUCCUGACAAGGUCAGUGUUUAUGCCAGGAAAAACAUCCUAAAGACACACACACACACACACACACACAUUUGACUCGACCAUCGUUUAAAUGACGACAUGUUUUUCUUCCUCCAGUCGACACCAUGACAUCGUCGGGGACCGGGUGUGGCGCCCCCUAGCAAGAACCGCAGUAAAAAAAAAAACAAAAACAAAAGUUCAUGUUCAUUAAAUUAAAGUAUGUAAAUAUAAAUAUUAUGUUUCUUUUGUUUUUUUUCUCCUUUAUUUUCUUUACAAUAAUGAAUCGCACUUUGUCAUAACAAAAAUACUGUUUGAAAUAACGCGUUGUACUCUCCCACUAUCGCCGACAGCCUUUUCGUUUCGAGAACAUCACCUUAUAUGUGACUGCUAUCAUAGAAGCGUUGUUAUUGAUCAUCAUCAUCAUCAUUAUUAUUAUUAUUAUUAUUAUUAUUAUUAUGCAUCUUGAAUAAACAAACAAACACAGUUGCUCUGUUUCCUCUAAAGGCAAAAAGUAUUGUAAAUAAAAGAAAAAAAGAAAAAAACAAGGCUCUACCUGUUGCUUGCUGACGCAGUGUGGGGUUGUUUUUGUAAAAGAGCUGAUGCUUCGCCUUCACCUGGUUAUAACAAAAUUAAACACAAAUAAGUAACCAUCCUCAUAUACUGUACAUCAUCAGGGUUUUAUUUUAUUUUUAUUUUAUUUUAUAGGAACCUGAAGAGAAAUCAUAAUAUUCAAAUCAGAUUUUAUUCAAAAAAUAAAAAAUAAAAAAAAGUGGGUACAAUGCAAUCAGAAUGUACAUUGUGUUAAUGCUAAUUUUUUUUUGUUUUGUUUCCUUUUUGGUUGUUGAUGUUGUUUUUUAAAACGUGGAGAUAUUUUUAUUGCUCGUCUGUUAUGUUCACUUCUGUUUUUCCACACAAUAGAAAACUCAUUAUUUUUCUUUUAUGCAUGAACUUUGAGAAAGUUUUGCCAUACAUAAUAUAGUCAGUCAGUUAUUGGGCAUUUGAUACUGUACAUGUAAGGGUUUAUUUUUUAUUUCUUUGUUUUUUCUCCAUUUGUGUUAUGCAACAUAAAGCAAUUUAUCUUAUUUAGAAGAGGAAGAAGCGACACGUCAUAUGUUGUUCUUAAGAGAAAAAAAGAAAACAAAUAAAUGAAACUUCACACUUGCAAAAAAAGAAAUAAAUAAAACAAUAAUAUAUAUAUAUAUAUAUAUAUAUAUAUAUAUAUAUAUGUAUAUAUAUAUAUAUAUAUAUAUAUAUAAUUCAUGCAAUGCUGGACAACCUCAAGUGCCUGGACGUGGGCGAAAGGUUUCCAGAGUAGGAAAACUGAGGGGUGAAUCCCUUGGGGGCGGGGCCUCUUAUUAACUUCCUGUUUGCAGGGUGUUUUUUUUUUUCAAAUUAAAACGACCCCACUCCGUCGCUCAGCAGCUCUUUUUUUAUCAGUAUUCCUAAAAAAAAAAACAACCAGUUUACAAAGUUUCCUUCUGUUUUUUUUGCAAACGCCGAGAACAACUGCUUUUUUUUGUAUUCGUCUGAAAUCAACGAUGUGCAUGUUUGAACCGUUUUUUAUAGAAGACAAAAGAAAGAGAGAGAAAGAAAGAAAAGCCACUCGCUUCGGUGAAUUGUUACUUUGGUUUGUACAUAAAAAGACGACGUACAUGUUUGUUCCCAGUUUGGCGGAGCGCUCCUGAGGCGGGAACCCCGUCCCAGGAUAAUAAAGGAGGGGGCAUUAUUAUUAUUAAUAUUAUUAUUAUUAUUAUUAUUAUUAUUAUUAUGCUAAAAAAACAAAAACAAAGCCUGUUUCUUAUCUCAGAGGACGACACUGCAUCUGUGACUUUUGUCAGACCUAAAAAAAUUGGUACAUUUUGUAGUUGUUUUUACACUCGAAGAAAAAGAAAAAUAAAGCGCUGACAGCCUGUGUGUCGUUUCCUUUCCUCAUGGUUUUGUAGAAAAUAAAGAAGGGAGGCGAUAACGACAUUGGCUCUUUUGCUCUCUCCCGCCGCGCGCUCACAAAGAAAAGAAAAAAGCUGUUAAACGACGUCUUGUUUUCUAAAGGAGAAUCAUUUUGCUAAAAAACACAAACAGACAAACAAACAAACAUGGACAGUAAAGCAGCAAUAACAGUCCAUAUUAAUAGACAAAUACUAGCCAGUGUGAAGAUUUGAAUAAGAAUUUUCAAAUGUAAAUAUGUUUUUUUUGUUGUUUUUUUUUCAUGUUAUGAUAUUGUAUAAUAUAUGUACAUGGUGUUUCCUUUUGGAGAAGAAAUCUUUUCUUACAAUAACUGUCUUUUUUGUUUUCUGGGAAUUUGUGUUUUUAACGGAGAUGUUUGAAAAACAGUGAAUGCUGUGCGUAAGAGAAUAAUUCCCUACAUAAACAUGUUACUCCAUUUUCUUUUCAUUCUUUUUUUUUACUGUAGAGUCUUUAUAUGGAAUGACCUUUUUUCACCAGUUCAUAUAUAUUUUUUAACAGUAUGUUCAGUAUCAGAUAGCAGACCUACAGUAUGGCUCACGGAAAUGUGACUACGCCACUUGCAGAUUGUCCCCCGCCCCCCCCCGACCCUUGACCCCCACCACCACCACCACCUGUAAUCCUCAUGUAUCCUUUUAGCCCUGUGCUGCUGCUAAUACUAUAUAAACUUUACAAUUCUAGAAAUAUUUUUAUCUAAGAGGUAAAUGUAAGCUUCCCAUUUAUUAAUACCACAUAUACAGUAUGGAAAAAAAAAAGCUUGGCUCCUUCAUCUCUGUCCCUCGUUUGUCCCCCGCCCCUCAUCUUGUCCACACCUCGUCUCUCUCUCUCCGACAGCGUCCCCUCCCUCCUUCUCUCGCGACACGGACUAUAUUGUAAAGUAAAGGACUUUAUGAGAUUAUGUUUGAAAAUAGCUAUGCUUAUAUACUACAUUGACUGAAUGUACAGUGUAUAGAUGCAUUACCAGAAAUAAAGUUGUUUGUCCAGA